GACGCUAGUGAGCGGUGCUGUUGCUAUCUUUAGCACCAUUCUAUUUUCAGAGCAGGCAGAGAGGCAGCAAUACAACUCUACACACUCCUAGCACACCUUGAAAUAUCAUCAAGCCUGGGGAAAACCUUGUUAGUCCUAGCCUGUGUCACUUUGCCAUAGUGUAUUGUCACCAGGAACAAGUUUGAGGUAGAGGAACCUCAGAAUGAGAUGGAGGCCUCCAGAAGCCAGGGACUCGAAAGAGCUGCCGAAGCCCAAAGUGAGAGCCCCAAGCUGGGGGAGGGAGCGCAGCAGGCAGGCUCUCUGAGGGUAAGGUUGGAAGGGAGCGUUUUAACUGUGGACCGGGCUUUGCUGGAGCAGUGCAGCGAGUACUUCCGCGCCCUCUUCCGGUCUGGCAUGAGGGAGAGCCAGGAGGAUGAGCUGCAUCUGAAAGGAGGAGUGCAUGCACGGGGUUUCCUGAUUGCUUUGGCAGUGUCCAGGGGCGAGAAACUUUCUCUACAGGACCCGGAAGAACUAAUGGAGGCCGUGGAAUGUGCUGCCUUUCUCCAGGUGGCGUCACUGUCCCAGCAUCUCUGCGAUAUCAUUGACUCUGACAACUGCCUCCUGCUCUACCACGCAGCGGCCAUCUUUGGUCUACCCAACCUGUUCCACUGUGCUGCCCUGUUCCUCUGCGACGCCUAUAGUGACCUGAAGGGGGAGGCAACAAGCACUCUACCUGAGGAGUUGGUACUGUAUGCAGAGUCUUUGUCGCCAGCAUCUUUCGUCGCUUUGGGAACCCACUCACCCUCUAUGGAGCUGCUGAAGGACUCCUUUAGGACUGUGUGUUACCUGGACGAGGUGGAGGGAGAGUGGAGGCACCUAACAGACCUCCCCACCCACGCCAGCACCUCCAUGGCGGGCAUCGCCGUCCUGGACAACCGGCUGUAUGUGGUGGGGGGUAUUUACGGCUAUGGCAAAGGCACGGUGGACGGCGGCUUCUGCUACGACCCAGGGACGAGUACGUGGAGCGUGCUUCCUGGACCCCAACAGCCCCGUGCCGACUUCACCCUUCUGGGGCACGAGGGGAAGUUGUACGCCAUCGGCGGUGAGCACCAGAAAAUAAUAAUGUCCUCUGCCGAGGCUUAUGAUGUAGCCACAGGAGAAUGGGCGUUUGUGCAGUCCGCACCACGGCCUGUGGCAGCUGUGGCAUGUGCCAUCGCACGAAGGCGGAUGUUUGUGUGUUUCUGGAGGCCGCCAGACACCACGGAUAUCUACGAGUACAUCCCGGCGAAGGACGAGUGGAUGUUAGCCACCACGAUGAUAAGGCCACAGAGCUACGGACACUGUAUGGUGGCCCACAGGGACAAUUUGUAUGUGAUGCGCAAUGGGCCCUCGGACGACUUCCUACGCUGCCUCAUGGACCGUUACAACAUCACCACGGGACAGUGGACCACUAUACCAGGAAGUUACAUCAACACUAAGGGAGCACUGUUUACCGCCAUGGUCAGGGGUGACUCUGUGUUCACGGUCAAACACAUGCUAACUCUGGAGUAUACCAUUGCUGGGGACACAUGGAAACCCCGUAGGGAGACGAAAAAAGGCUUUCCCAAGAGUGGCUCACUAUGGACAUGCUUACUGAGGCUUCCCAAGGCUGGCCUAUAAUGGUGUACACUGAUAGAGCUGUACUACGGUGCUUGGUUGUUAUAUGGUGUCAGAAAUAAACAGUAACACGGACCAGUUAAACCCCAGGAGGCAGAUGGAGGAAAAACGACAGAGAUGAAAGAAUUAAGCAAUUUGUAGAAAACCUCUUAGAACCCAGAAAUACCCUUGUUUUUUUUUAUGAGAGAAAACAAGCAUAGAAUAUUGUACUAGAAAACAAGUAUAGAAUAUUGUACUAGAAAACAAGUAUAGAAUAUUGUACUAGAAAACAAGUAUAGAAUAUUGUACUAGAAAACAAGUAUAGAAUGUUGUGCUCAAAAGUAUGCAAAUUAAACAGAAAAUUAAUAGAAUUAAUUCAGUCUAGUCAAAUUACAAAUCAUAACCACAGGUGCUGCAUCUGUAUGAAUAUGCAGUAUAUUACAGCAAUAUUCCAUCAGUGUUUCUCUGCACAGUGCGCACACACACACACACACACACACACAUUCACUCACUCCAUGGAGGCUAUCCAGCCACCAAAACAGCUCCAAAACCACAGCAGCAGCAACUGUUGCUAAUCAGAAACCGUGUUCUGUGUGUGUGUGUGUGUGUGUGUGUGUGUGUGUGUGUCUGUCUGUCUGGGAGUCUUAUAUAACAGGAGCCAAACAGCAGGAAUGUAUUACCUCUACACGUCAACAGACACGUCACCUAACCUCAGACAGACAUACCUGCAACUGUACAUGUCCCCUCUACGCGCGCACACACACACACACACACACACACACACACACACACACACACACACACACACACACACAGAACUCUCAACAGACAAUGUUCAAAGCUUCAAAAUCUCCCUUAUAAAGCGUGGUUAUCAGUCGUGGUUUCAUCAACAUACACCUCCACACCAGUGGAGGCUCCUCAGAGGAGGAAGAGGAGGACCAUCCUCCUCAGAGAUUUUCAGAAAAAGAAAAAUAGAAAAACACAUCCUUUAAACUAUCUACUAUACUAAAUAUAUUCAUGUC